UUUUUUUUUCUUUUCAUGUCAACGGAGCACGCUAUCCUAAACGUUGACGAUUUUAUUUCUGCUGACACUUCUUCAACAACCACUUGUACUCAUCCAUCUAACAUGACCCACAAUAAAUAUUCAGUCCUUCUUCCUACUUAUAAUGAACGGGAAAACUUACCCAUCAUCACUUGGCUUUUGGCACGUACUUUUACACAAGAAAACAUUGAUUGGGAAAUCGUUAUUAUUGAUGAUGGAAGUCCUGAUGGCACUUUGGAAGUGGCAAAACAACUUCAAACUCUUUAUGGAGAAGACCAUAUUCAACUACGACCGCGUGCUGGCAAAUUGGGUUUGGGUACUGCUUAUGUUCAUGGUUUACAAUUCGCCACCGGAAACUUUAUUAUCAUCAUGGAUGCUGAUUUCUCUCAUCACCCUAAAUAUAUUCCACAAAUGAUCAAGUUACAAGCGGAACAUAACUAUGAUAUUGUCAGUGGUACACGGUAUCUUCCUGGUGGUGGUGUCUAUGGUUGGGAUUUAAAACGCAAAUUGGUCAGUCGUGGAGCCAAUUAUCUAGCUACUUUACUAUUAAGACCCAAGUCUUCUGAUUUGACUGGAAGUUUCAGAUUAUACAAAAAAGAAGUUUUAUUCCAAUUGAUCAAUGCGACUUUGGCCAAAGGUUAUGUUUUCCAAAUGGAAAUGAUUGUAAGAGCAAGACAAUUCAAUUAUUCUGUUGGUGAAGUACCAAUUACUUUUGUGGAUCGUGUUUAUGGUGAAAGUAAGAUGGGUGUUUCUGAAAUCACUCAAUAUGCUCAAGGUGUGUGGCGACUCUUCAUGACCAUUUAGUUUAGUUUUUUUUUUUAUCUUCAUUUAUACAUACUUUUUGAUAUUUAGAUAUGAUUCCAUCCUUUAUAUUAACUAUAAUAAAACAAAUUUACAUCCGAA